UGUAUCUGCAGAGAGGAACUCCCUAGCUAUCUGAGUACUGGAACAGUCCCUUAUGGUUUCUCAAUUCAUAUUCUAUCUUCUUGUAUCAUCAGCAGAAGAGUUAGUACACCAACCUAUCCAAUUGAAAUGCUCGUCAACUGAUAAAGCCUGCCUCGAUAAAUCAUCUAGUCUAGUCAUAUAUAUAUAAAGAUGAUCGACCAUUUUAGGUGUCCUUCUUACUGUGCAUCCAUGGCUUCUUUGCCAUCUUCGGCAUUACCAAUGCUAUUUGCAGCACUAGCUGUGAUUCUCCAAUUAGCUUCGCCAUCAUCUUCAAUCUCAAUACGAGCUCUUGCUCGCCAGAAUGUGCCAACCGGGUUCAGAGUCGCUCUUGAACACAUUGACUCAGGAGGAAAUUUCACCAAAUUCGAACGUAUAAGCCGGGCCAUGAAGCGUGGAAAGCACAGGCUUCAGAAGCUCAAUUCCAUGGCAUUGGCUGCCACAGAUUCACAAGUCAAGUCGGCUGUUCAUCCUGGAAGUGGAGAGUUUCUAAUGAAGCUAUCAAUAGGCACUCCGCCAGAGCCCUUCUACGCUAUAAUGGACACUGGUAGCGAUCUGAUAUGGACUCAGUGCAAGCCCUGCCAGCAGUGCUUCGAUCAGCCCUCGCCAAUCUUUGAUCCCAAGAAGUCUUCUUCUUUCUCGAAGCUCUCAUGCUCUAGCCCUCUUUGUGAGGCUUUACCACAUUCGAGCUGUGGUGAUGGAUGUGAAUAUCUCUACACAUAUGGAGAUUAUUCCUCAACUCAAGGCGUUUUAGUCUCCGAAACCUUCACAUUCGACAAGGUUUCAGUGCCCAAAAUAGGGUUUGGUUGUGGAGAAGACAAUGAGGGAGAUGGGUUCAGCCAAGGAUCGGGCCUCGUGGGACUUGGGCGCGGGCCAUUGUCGUUGGUUUCGCAGCUCAGGGAGCCUAAGUUCUCGUACUGUCUAACUUCCAUUGGUGAUGAAUCCAAAGCAAGUGUAAGUACUCUUUUGAUGGGAUCUCUAGCAAGUGUAAACACCACAAGUUACCCUGCAAUCAAAACCACCCCUUUAAUUAAAAAUCGAUCACAGCCCUCUUUCUAUUACCUGUCUCUUGAGGGAAUCACAGUUGGUGAAACCCUAUUACCCAUCAAGAGAUCCACUUUUGCACUUAAAGAAGAUGGAAGUGGUGGCAUGAUCAUUGACUCGGGCACCACCAUUUCAUACUUGGAAGAGAAGGCUUUUGAGAUGGUCAAGAAAGAGUUCAUUUCACAAAUAAAGCUCUCGGUGCACAGAUCAAGGGCGUCUGAUCUAGACCUUUGUUUCAGCUUGCCGUCAUCUAACGAUGCGACGACGGAAGUGGAGGUGCCUAAGUUGGUGUUCCAUUUUGAAGGGGCGGAUUUGGAGUUGCCAGGGGAAAACUACAUGAUUGCAGAUUCAAGUGUGGGGUUAAUGUGUUUGGCCAUAGGAAGUUCAAGUGGGAUGUCCAUCUUUGGCAAUGUUCAACAGCAGAACAUGUUGGUGGUUCAUGACCUUGCCAGGGAAACCAUAUCAUUCAUGCCCACAAAAUGUGAUCAACUGUGACAUAUAUAUUUUGAUUUUCCAUGCUCUGAUUUGUCUAUCCUCCCAAAUCUCAAAUACGUUUGCAUGUCUUUAUUAAUUAAUCAAAUGAGAUGUUAAGGAACUCACACACAAUUUAUCAUAUGAAUCAAGGACCUGCACACA